GUGGGAGGAAACGACACAUUUCCACUUUGCAACCAUGUGAGCAUCUGUGGGUGCAGCAUGCUCGCCUUACAACACACACACCAAACUAAGACGAGUUGGUGGUCUUAAAGAGAGCUCGAUGCUCGGCAUGCGCGUCAUACUUAGCUUGAGCUGCUGACAAUGACAGGUCUCAGCCUCAUCCUGCUUUUAGCUGUAGCUACGAUGGUGCCUUUGGCCUCAGCUCAAGAUCAAGGUGGCAUCUCAAACUGCUGUCGGAAAAUCUCUCAAACUAAUCCUCGAAAAGAACAACUGACAGAAUACUACAUUCAGAGUCCAGCAGCCUGCAAACUACGUGUAGUGGUCUUCAUCACAAAGAAAGGAAAGAGGAUCUGUAGUGACCCUGAUAAACAGAUGACAAAAACCAGGAUGGCCUACCUGGAUAAAAGGAACUGGAAGCGAAUGGAUCCUUUAGCAGCACCUGGGACAUGAUGUCAACUCGAACACAAAGCAACCUCACAACCGAAACAAAACAGUUUCUUUUUCUCUGAAGCUGUUUGACCAACUUUGACCUUUUGGAAUGUAUUUCUGUAAAAAAAAGUAUAUAUUGUGUUGGACUUUUCAAGUUUAU